AUUCAUGAACGUGUCGAGUGUUGAAUGACGUAUGACUUCAGGGUUCGAUUUCGUAUGUCCUAUUUUAUAGGUUAUGAAUUUGUAUAUUCUUAUGUGAAUUUUAUUCUGGGAUUUGAACAAUAUAAUGGCAGAAACUUCCACUGAAAAGUUAUCAAAAAACGAACUGAAACGGCGUUUGAAAGCCGAGCAGAAAUUAAAAGAAAAAGCUGAGAAAGCUUCUCAGCAACCUAUAGUAAAUGUAGAAAAGAAAUCAUCAAAAGCGGAGGAAGAAAUAAGUCCUAAUGAAUAUUACAAAUUGAGAUCUGCUGCUGUGGCAGCCCUUAAGAAUGCUUCGAAGGAAGAUCACCCAUAUCCUCAUAAAUUUACUGUAACAAUUUCACUGGAGGAGUUUAUUGAAAAAUAUAAUAAUUUAAAUAGUGGGGAUGUUCUUGAAAAUGUUACUCUGUCAGUAGCUGGCAGAAUUCAUUCUAUACGAGAGUCUGGUGCAAAACUAAUUUUCUAUGAUUUAAGAGGGGAAGGUGUGAAGAUUCAGGUAAUGGCUAAUGCUAAAAUGUAUGAGUCCGAGGAAAAAUUCAUACAUGACACUGAUAAAUUGCGUAGAGGUGACAUUAUUGGGUGUGUGGGUCAUCCCGGUAAAACUAAGAAAGGAGAGUUAUCUAUUGUUCCUAAAACAGUGAAAUUGCUCUCUCCCUGCCUUCAUAUGUUGCCUCAUUUACAUUUUGGUCUAAAGGACAAGGAAACUAGAUUUAGGAAGAGGUAUUUGGAUCUCAUAUUAAAUGACAAGGUUAGACAAACAUUUUACACAAGAUCGAAAAUUAUUUCAUAUGUAAGAAGAUUCUUAGACAAUCUUGGCUUUUUGGAAAUUGAGACUCCAAUGAUGAACAUGAUCCCAGGAGGAGCUACAGCCAAGCCCUUCAUUACACAUCACAAUGAUUUGAAUAUGGAUCUGUAUAUGAGAAUAGCCCCAGAGUUGUAUCACAAGAUGUUGGUUGUCGGUGGCUUGGAUCGAGUCUAUGAAAUUGGCAGACAGUUCAGAAAUGAGGGUAUUGAUUUAACCCACAACCCUGAAUUUACAACUUGUGAAUUUUAUAUGGCUUAUGCUGAUUACCAUGACUUGAUGUCCAUUACUGAAAGCAUGAUUUCUGGGAUGGUAAAGAGCAUCCAUGGUAGCUACAAGGUGAAAUAUCAUCCUGAUGGGCCAGAGGGUGAAGAAGUUGAGAUUGAUUUUACUCCACCAUUUGCUCGGGUACCCAUGAUUGCAACACUUGAAAAAGAAUUGAAAGUUAAAAUGCCAGCAGCAGAUCAACUUGAUUCAGCUGAAGCUAAUGCAUUUUUGAGCCAACUUUGUGAAAAACAUGAGGUUGAAUGUCCACCACCAAGAACAACAGCAAGAUUAUUAGACAAACUGGUUGGUGAAUUCCUUGAGGAGAAAUGUAUUAAUCCAACCUUUAUAUUAGAUCAUCCUCAAAUUAUGAGUCCACUGUCUAAAUAUCACAGAGAUAUUCCAGGACUCACUGAAAGGUUUGAAUUGUUUGUUAUGAAAAAAGAGAUAUGCAAUGCAUACACAGAGUUGAAUGACCCAGCAACCCAAAGGGAGAGAUUUGAACAGCAAGCCAAGGAUCGUGCGGCGGGUGAUGAUGAAACACCACCCACAGAUGAAGCUUUUUGUACUGCUCUUGAAUAUGGUCUUCCCCCUACUGGUGGCUGGGGGCUAGGUGUCGAUCGCCUUACUAUGUUCUUAACUGACUCUAAUAAUAUUAAGGAGGUACUGCUUUUCCCUGCCAUGAAACCUGAUGAUCCCAAUAAACACAACACAGAAGAUGGUGAAGCUAAUCAAACGCCUACUCAGAAUGGAGCAUAAUUUAAUUGGCUUGAUAUUUGUGUUUCAUCGGAAUUUGUAAUACUAACCAGUAAUAAAUAUACCACAUUAAU